AUGCACAAGCACGACGCUCGACGCAAUGGGAAUAAUUUCAAAUCGAAACAAUACAGUUUUAGAAUGUUUCUAGAUCUAGGUGUUCCAAUCGACUUCACCGCUGCAAAGCUCAAAUCUGGAGCUGGCGAAAAUGUGAUUUACAUUCUGAGUGCCCUCGCGGACGCAGCUCUUGUUCAUGUUGGAUUUCAGUGGCAAAAAAUGAUUCCUCCGAAAGAAGAAGAUGAAGACACAGCUGUCGAUGAGCAAGAAGAUGACGAUGAGAAUGAAGAUAUUUCGGAGGAACCGACUAACUUUUUGGAUGAUGACGAUGAUGAUAAUGUGAUUGAAAUUGAUCUGAAAGCACAGGGUUUAGUCACUGAAUCGAAGAAUCCUCUUCAAAGUGUUCUCCAAAGUAACACCGAUUCAAUUGCUUGGAAACAAGAAGUCGAAAGAGUGGCCCCUCAAUUGAAGAUAACAUUGAGACAAGAUGCAAAAGACUGGCGUCUUCACCUGGAACAAAUGAACUCAAUGCACAAAACAGUCGAGCAAAAAGUGGGGAAUAUUAGCCCUUUUCUGGAGACUUUAACAAAAGACAUUGGAAAGACAUUAGAACGAGUUUCAACCAGAGAAAAAUCAUUGAAUACUCAGUUGUCAAGUAUGAUGAGUAAAUUCAAGAGAGCAACUGAUACAAGAGCUGAAAUGAGAGAGAAAUAUAAAGCAGCGUCUGUUGGUGUGAGUUCUCGUACUGAAACGCUUGAUCGUAUCAGUGAUGAUAUUGAACAAUUGAAACAACAAAUUGAGGAACAAGGAGCAAAAUCAAGUGAUGGAGCACCUCUUGUGAAAAUAAAACAAGCAGUCAGCAAAUUGGAAGAAGAAUUACAGACGAUGAAUGUUCAAAUUGGAGUUUUGGAGCAAUCGAUUCUCAACACUUACCUGAGAGAUCAUUUCAAUUUCAGUGCAAAUCUUUUGAACAUUCUUUGA